UCAUGGGCAGUCAGGCUUGACCUGUUUUUUACCUUUGAUGUUUAGCUUGUGAUUCUAGCCCUGCUGCCACAAAGGUCAUUUUGUACUGACCAACAGUUGAUUGUACAUGUGUAUACCUAACAGAAGUGUCAUUUUGUAGCUCCAUAUAUACCUAACGAAGUUCUGGGUGACAGUACAGGAGUCGGUCAUUAGUACAGCAGGAGAUCCAGGUGACAAGUCACAGAAAGCUGUCACCAUGGCAAAUGUGAUGCCUUCAGAAGCUUUGAUAAGAAAGGCUGGGGAUGGACUGCCUAUGUCUAAGAUUGAAAGUCUAAAUCUUUCAGAUAAGAAUCUCACCAUGUUGGAUCCCAAUGUCAUGAACCAGCUGGUGGCCUUGACAACCCUUGACCUGUCGAACAACAACAUUAGCAGUAUUCCUGACAACAUCAGGCUUCCUAAACUGACCACACUGGAUAUCUCGGACAACGAAAUAAGCUCUGUAUCUUUUGGAGAGAACUUUCCCAAUCUGUCCUCUCUGUACAUCGCCGGCAACAAUGAUCUAGGGAAAUCUGACCGUCUGAUGGCCAUAUAUGAGAACUCUAAUCUGAUCCAGAUUGAUGACCAGAGAGUAAGCUCCCUUCUCCAGGUUGUCAGACAGAUUCGCAGCAAGUUUGAGAUACAGGUGAAGGCCAAGUGGGAGGUUUUAUUUGCUGCCCCAUACGCCACUGGUAUCCCUGAUGAUGAGGUUGACCAGGUGAUUGACAAGUUCCUUGUUACCCUGAGAAAAGAUAAUCUCCUCAAAAAUGCAGAUUCCAGAUUUGAAAAGUAUAUGCUGGAAAAGUUAGCCAAGGAAAUGGUAGAGUCUGCAAAGAACCUGUCUAUCUACAAAUCAACACAUUCCUUACCAGGGACACCCCGCAGUGCUCGUCUCAAUGAAAUUCAAUCUCCUGAGACCACACCUGUCCGUCACAGUUCGCGCACCCCUGUACCCAACAAACGACUCAUUGACACACCCACAUGCAAACCACCGACACCUAGCAAUGGAGUGCCAACAACACCUAACUCAAAAACUCCAGAGAAGACACCUAAAGCAGAGGGAAAGGGCAAGAAACGACGAAGGGACUCCAGCCCAGGGUCUGCAUCGAAACCAAACUCCAAAUCUUAUAGAACAGAAACUGGACAAAUGUCAUCACCAAAGUUUAGUCCGAAAUCACCAGGUACAGCAAAUCGUGGCAAGAAACGUAGACGAUCUUCUUCGCCAGGAUCAGAAUGUAAACCGAAGGCCAAAUGUUACCGAACUGUGAGUGGUCAGCUGUCCUCUCCUAAAUACACAUCCCUCAAGGACUCGCAUAAAGAUCAACUGCCACCCGUGUCAGACUACGAUCCAACAUUCUUUGUGCGCUGCCAUUCUGACGAGGAUGGGCCGUCAGACGAUAACACCAAGGUGUGGAGAUGUGCGUUUGAACCUAAACCUAACAGUCCAGGUGAGCACACUAAUAUAGUAGCUACUGUUGGUGGGAAGAUUGUGUGCUUGGUUGACUGUAAAACUGGCAAGGUCAUGAGGAGAUUUAAGGAUACAGACAAGAAAGAGUCAUUCUACACCUUGGCUUGGACCACAAUCCCAGUUGAUGAAGACAACUCUUCAGAGACUACCAACAUUCUUGCUGUGGCUGGGGAUGCAUGUGACGUCAAGUUAAUCCACCCAUCACAACUUGUUGUGUACGCUACACUGGAGGGUCACCGUCGCUACAUCAGCUGUCUCGCGUUCCAUCCGACCUACUCAACUGUCCUUUUCAGUGGUGGUAAGGACAACAGAAUCAUUAUGUGGGACAUCGGGAUACCAGACUUGUCGGACUACUCCACUAACUUCAGGAAGCUGAAAUGCCUGGUAACUCCAGGAACAGACCCUUUAAACCUUGCCAUCAGUCUCAGCAAUAACAGUCUGUUGGCCGGAUGUGAGAGUACCUGCUACCUGUGGAAGCUGAAGGAUAUGAACAAUCUCAGCAAGGAACCUGAUCUGGAGCUGUGUUUGCCAAUAACUGAUGAUAACAGUGAUACCUCCAGUGAUGACAGUAAGGGCGGCGACAUUUUUGACGGUCUGGUCCUGCUCUCUGACAACUAUGUUGUGACUAAAUGUGUGGGUAACAGCAGCUUGACCAUGUUUGACCUCCGGUCCUGUAUUCCCAAGAAAUGGCAGGGCAGACGGACACGUAGUGUCAAAGUCACUCCGAUAGCACUGCUUAAUUACAUUCGUACCACAGUAGACUACAUCUACCUGGCUGCUUCUCAAGGCCUGGUUGCUGCAGGAGAUGACCAAGGUUCCAUUCACUUGUAUAGCCUGGAUCAACUUGUGGAACGAAAGAUAAAAUCUUGUGACACAAUACUGCAGCAGUCGAGGGUGUUGGCCUGGCCAGAAGUCACACUUGGCAGACACAAAGACAGCAUGACAGACCUACUUACUGACAAGGGGGUUGUUAUAAACUCCAUAGCUGUGAACCACAGUACAGACUACAUGGUGUGUGGUACAGACAAUAAUCUUGUGUGCAUCUGGAAACGCUGUUCUGGAAAGUGACCUGGUGUCUACUGGUAAACGUAGUUCUGGAAAGUGACCUGGUGUCUACUGGUAAACGCUGUUCUGGAAAGUGACCUGGUGUCUACUCGGAAACACAGUUCUGGAAAGUGACCUGGUGUCUACUGGUAAACGCAGCUCUUGAAAAUGACCUGGUGUCUACUGGUAAACACAGUUCUGGAAAGUGACCUGGUGUCUACUGGUAAACGCAGUUCUGGAAAGUGACCUGGUGUCUACUGGUAAACGCAGUUCUGGAAAGUGACUUGGUGUCUACUGGUAAACGCAGCUCUUGAAAGUGACCUGGUGUCUACUGGUAAACGCAGUUCUGGAAAGUGACUUGGUGUCUACUGGUAAACGCAGCUCUUGAAAGUGACCUGGUGUCUACUCGGAAACACAGUUCUGGAAAGUGACCUGGUGUCUACUGGUAAACGCAGUUCUAGAAAGUGAUCUGGUGUGUACUGGGAAAUGCAGUUCUGGAAAGUGACCUGGUGUCUUCUGGUAAACGCUGUUCUGGAAAGUGACCUGGUGUCUACUGGUAAACGCAGCUCUUGAAAGUGACCUGGUGUCUACUGGUAAACGCAGUUCUGGAAAGUGACCUGGUGUCUACUGGUAAACGCAGUUCUGGAAAGUGACUUGGUGUCUACUGGUAAACGCAGCUCUUGAAAGUGACCUGGUGUCUUCUCGGAAACACAGUUCUGGAAAGUGACCUGGUGUCUACUGGUAAACGCAGCUCUUGAAAGUGACCUGGUGUCUACUGGUAAACACAGCUCUUGAAAGUGACCUGGUGUCUACUGGUAAACGCAGCUCUUGAAAGUGACCUGGUGUCUACUGGUAAACACAGCUCUUGAAAGUGACCUGGUGUCUACUGGUAAACGCAGCUCUUGAAAGUGACCUGGUGUCUACUUGGAAACACAGUUCUAGAAAGUGACCUGGUGUGUACUGGGAAAUGCAGUUUUGGAAAACAACCCUGUCUGCACUCUGGCUAACAGAGUUCUGGAAAGUGACCUUAUGUGUCUAGGAAUUCCAUUCUAAAAAUGUACCUGGUGUUUGUUGCUUAUCUAGAAAUAGAAAGUGACCUUGUGUGUAUGUGGAAAUGCAGUUCUGAAAAAUGACCUUAUAGAUAUGUGUGUACAGAGAAACAUUUCUGAAAAGUUAUGUGUCUAGAAAUGGGGUACUGGAAAGUGACCUUGGUGUACAACAAAACACUUUCAAAACUGUCUCUUGAGUGCCAUAUAUAAGCCAUAAUUUCUAGGCAAAAAUAUGUCACUUACAAAACAAAUCAUUGAAGAAUUAGUGUGAUGAUUGUACUACAUAACGUUAAGGAUUCAAAUUAGUUGAUAUAUCAUUGAUAAAAUAUUAAUGUAGCUUAUAUUGUUGAUAUAUCACUGAUAAAAGCUACAUAUAUAGACAAACUAUAUAUUAAUGUAGCUGUAUAUAGUUGAUGUUUUACUGAUAAAAGCUAGAUAUAUAGACAAACUAUAUAUUAAUGUAGCUGUAUAUAGUUGAUGUAUUACUGAUAAAAGCUCGAUAUAUAGACAAACUAUAUAUUAAUGUAGCUGUAUAUAGUUGAUGUAUUACUGAUAAAAGCUUGAUAUAUAUAUAGACAAACUAUACAUAUAUAUACAACAUUAAAAUGUAGCUGUAUAUAUUGUGGAAUUGAAUAUAAUUUUAUUUUUUUUUGUGAUAGACACGAAACAUGUUAGUUGAUCCAAUAGCCACUGCCUGCCAAAUCACGUUACUACCUGUAAUUUGUAAAUUUUAGUUGUUCAGGUGUAACAGUAAUGACUUAAUUAAAUAUUAGCCGAUACAGGGAUAUACAGGUCAACCAUAAAGUCUAUGAAUUGUUCCUGUGUGUAUGUUUCAAGAAUGAUAUUUGGGGAAAUUUUAGUACUAUUUAAUUAUGCGUAAGGAAAUAGCCAAAUUAAUAGUGUACUGUUUCCAGCUGUGAGUUACGUAUACGGAUAUUCCAGAUAUCUCUGACAAAAACGAUACGACUAAGAUAAUCUAAUGGAUGUGAUUAUUCACGUUGAACUUACUAUGUAAGUAUCAACAUGUAGACAUGAUCAGUGAUGCUUUUUACAGUUACUACUCCAUACAACGUGUUUAUGGUAAUAUACAGUGGUUAUACAAUUUUGUUAAGGGGGAGGUAACCAUUUUUUACCACAUUCAAUGAAUGCUUCAUUAUUGAAUUUUGUUUUCGUCUUAUACCAUUGAUUAAGAUGCAUUAUUAUAUUUGCUUAUAUGAUGUUUUAUCAAUCAUUUGGGAAAAUUUCCCUAUCUUAUCCCAUUUAAGGUUUUAAAAUUUGUUACCAGAAACAAAAAAUCAACAGAUUUUAUAAAGAUACUUGUUUAGGACUGGUUUUCUUACGUAAGGUAAUGAGAAACAUUUUAUUUCGGUUUCAUUUUAGUUUUGAUGAUUUUGAUGAAAGGAUAUCAAAUGCGAUUUUAAUUAAUUUUUUAUCAUUUGUGAAAUAUUAUCCCAUUCAUGUUUUAUUACAUUUUCCUCAGUAUUGAAUCUCUAAAUAAAUAAUUCUCUGAUAAAUUUGUUAUUUUACUGAUUGUUGUUAUUACUAUAUAUCUGGUAGUGUAGUUGUGAUUUUAACAAAGGACACUGUGAUACCAUUAAAACAUUUUUAUGUUCUUGACAAAAUACAGAAUACAUGUUUCUACCACAAUACGCUGUGUUAUUCGACUCUCAAGCCUUGGUAUAAAUGUGCCGACUAGUGGUAUAUGACCUUCCGGUCUUUUGAUUGGUCAAGAAUUCUAACUUUGACCUGAGCUGAAAUUGUUAUUGACGUCAUCAAUAAUCAAAUGACGUCACAUCACCAGGUCCCGGCCGUCACCUGUACACCUUAUUUGCAUACGCGAAAUUAGGCUUGGCCAUGUUUCCCUUUGAUUCAAGCCGAUGUUAUUGUGGUGGAAACAGGUCACACGACUCAUGAUUUUUGGAUAUGGAGUUUAUUUAACAUUCCUAAGUUAUUUUUUUAAAAGUUGCAAAAGACGCUCGCUAAAGCUCGUGUCUUUUGUAACUUUUAAGAAAUAACUUACUCGUUUGAAAUAAAUACCAUAUAUAUCCAACAACCACUGUUGUAUAACCUCUAUAUAUCAUAUGAGUCACGUGAUACUUUCAUUUAUGAUUAAACCUGAUGUACAUUUAUACAGUAAUAAAUGUCUGAAAACUUC